AUGGAGGAUAUUGAAGACGUUAUCCAGACGCUUCCAAUUGCUCGGACCUCCAGUCACGUGCACAUAAAAGUUAGAAAACGUCUGAAAAAUAGUGAUGAAGUUUUCAGCGGCGACAGUUUUAUACCAGGGAAACAUAAAAUCUACAUCAGGACAUGGGGUUGCACACAUAACACUAGCGAUUCGGAACAAAUGGCUGGCCUACUGGAUGCUGCUGGCCAUCAGCUAACCAACGAGAAGGAAGAGGCCGAUUUAUGGAUUUUGAACAGCUGUACAGUAAAGACACCAUCUGAAACUCAACUGGAGAAUAUGGCGGAACCAAAUUUACCGUUUUUGGAAGGUAUCUCAAUUGUCGGCGUCAAGCAGCUUGAGUGCAUUGUUCAGGCAGUGGAAGAAACAUUGCAAGGAAAUUGUGUUCGAUUUUUAUCUCGACGAAAGCCCAAUUCUAGCUUAAUGCUACCAAAAGUCCGAAAAAACAAAUACAUUGAGAUUUUAGCGAUCAGUGACGGUUGUUUGAACCAUUGCACAUACUGUAAAACGAAAUCCGCUCGAGGCGAUCUGGUCAGCUACCGCCUGGACGAUCUUCUGGAACGGAUACAAAAUGCGUUUGCCGAGGGCUGCAAGGAAGUUCUGCCGGAUUUGCUAAAUGCUGCUGUGGAAUGCAUUCCGGAUGGAUGUAUGAUGCGACUGGGAAUGACUAAUCCACCUUAUAUACUCGAUUUUCUUGAAGAUAUUGCAAGGAUUUUGAAUCAUCCACGUGUUUAUUCGUUUCUGCAUAUCCCGGUGCAAUCGGGCAGUGAUGCCGUAUUAUCGGAUAUGAAACGUGAAUACACAUGUGCUGAUUUUUGUCGUGUUGCCGAUUAUAUGAUUGAAAAGUAA